AUGAAGUUUGGUCAAUCGCUUGAGGAACAUAUGGUCCCAGAGUGGAGAAACCAGUACCUGGAUUACAAAUCAGGAAAGAAGAAGUUAAAGAAGCUAAAAAGGCUGAGAAAAUCAAGCAAGAUCUCAACACCUUCAUUUGGUGGAAGUAGACAACGUACAGGAUCCAACUUACAUGAAAAUUCCAAAUCAAGCACCUACCUUUCUAAUAGGGCACACACGAUACAUGCUGACCAGGUUAGUACUGGACAGCUGAAUAAAGACCAUGCCCAAAACAGAUCUGAGAGUGAAUCAGAACACAAUGUGCAUCAAGAAAAUUACUCAGUUUCCAGCUACGGAAAAUCUUUUGCAUUAACUGAACCAGCAAUUGAUUUCAGGAACUCAUAUGGAGCUGCUGGAAUAAAUGAAAACUUGAAACCGUCUGAAAGUAAUAAGGACCAUAGUGGCACACCGUUGUUAGUAUGCGAUACACCCGUUACAAAGAGAAGUAGUAUAGGUGAAAUAAAACGGAGUAGGUCUUCCUUCGCUGGUUUGCUUGAUAAUUUUGGGAGAACCUCAUCUGGUGUCGAUACAUGUCGGCCUAUCAUCGAACUCGACGACUCUGAGUCUAUAGAGAGGCAGCUUUUCAUAUAUUGGGUCGACAGCCAGCUUGAAAAGGUUGAAUCCUUCUACAAAGAACGCGAAAAUUCAUGUGUUGAUAGGUUUUUAGUCUUGCAGGACCAAAUUAUACAGCUUGAGACCCAAAAGUUGUUGUCAAAAAAGAAAUGGCAGGCAAGAAAGAGACAACUACAAAGAAAUACAAAUGAGAACGCAAGUAGGAGUGGAACUAACUCCGAAGAGGGUGAGGGUAAUGAUGAUUACGAAGAAAAUUACGACGAUGAAGAUGACGACGACGAUGAAGACGAUGACGAUGACGAUGCUGAUGUCUAUUCUUCAUAUGAAUAUUACUUGGCACAUAAAUCAAACAGUGAUAAUCUGCUUAUCAUUGCCCAUCGAAAUUUUAAGUUGCUUUCGUUCUGGACUAAAAGAAAAUUAAAGAUUAUUAAUAAGUUUGACCUUCCAUCAAUUCCUUCUUUUGAAUGGUUGAAAAAAGAUGGUAAAGUCGAAAAGCAAUAUUAUGAGGAUGGUUACUAUUCCGAUGACGAAGGGGGGGACUCCACCAAAAAUAACGGUAAAAAAGAAACGCAUCAUGAAGGGGUUGCCUCCAGUGCCCAUGUACGAGAUUUUCAGAGAAGGAGAAACGAAAACAAAGCCCCCAAUGUUCCUUACUAUGUUGCUCGUAGAAUGAUAAAGAAGGCCGUUUAUGAACUUUACCGAUCAAUGGAACUCUUGAAAUCAUACAAAUUGAUGAAUAGAAUGGGAUUCAGGAAAAUAAUAAAGAAAUAUGAUAAGGCUACUGGUGAUUCUAUAUUAGCAUCCUAUAUGAAUAAAAUAGAUGACGCAUACUUUAGUAAAUCUGACGUGUUGGAUAAUUUAAUGGCAAAUGUUGAAGAACUUUAUACCAGAAUUUUUGAAAAUGGGAAUAGAAAAGUGGCAGUGACUAAAUUGAGGUCAAACGCAAUUGAGAAAACAUACUAUCUCUCCGAUUAUUUCAGUGGUUUGUUUUUUGGCUUGGCGAUUCCAUUAAUUGCUUAUACUUUUUAUCUUGGAUUGCAUAAGACACUUGACGAUAAUCUUCCUAAUGGAAAAUACCUAUUACAAAUCUGGGGCGGGUUUUUGCUUAUGAUAUUAAUGGCAUGGUUGUUUUCUCUAAAUUGUUUAGUUUGGACUAAAUUUAAAGUCAGUUACAAAUUUAUUUUUGAGUUUAACGAACACGAUGCGUUGGACUUUAAACAAUAUAUGGUUAUACCCAGUUUAUUGCUUUUCAUUGGUGGGCUAACUGCAUGGUUUAGUUUUGAGGACUUUUGGCCUAAUCACUUUAGCGGAUAUGAUUUUCCCUGGGUUUUCCUAGCGGCUGCAGUGGCAAUAUUAUUUUGCCCAUUUGAUGUAUUUUUUCUCAGCGCCAGAUUAUGGUUAUUAUCAACAUUAACAAGAUUAUUGCUCAGUGGUCUAUAUCCUGUUGAGUUUAGAGAUUUCUUUAUGGGCGAUAUCUUGUGCUCUUUAACAUAUUCCAUUUCAAAUGUUUCAAUGUUCUUCUGUAUAUAUGCUCAGCAUUGGAAUGACUGUUCCAAUUGUGGGUCAGCAAAAUCUAGAUUACUGGGAUUCUUACAAUGCGUUCCCUCGAUUUGGAGAUUUCUACAAUGUUUCCGCCGUUAUGCAGAUACAGGAGAUUGGUUUCCACAUUUGGCCAACAUGGGGAAGUAUACGGUAUCAAUGAUGUAUUAUAUGUCUCUUUCUCUGUAUCGUAUCGAUACCGUGAAUCAUUAUCGGGCAUUGUUGAUUUUUUGGGCAACAACUAAUUCGAUUUAUUCCAUUGUUUGGGAUGUUGUUAUGGAUUGGUCAUUAUUUCAACUCGAUUCCAAAUAUUUUUUAUUGAGAGAUGAGAUAACAUUUAAAGAGCCAAUGAUUUACUAUGCCGCUAUAAUAGCCGACGUAGUACUGAGAUUCCAAUGGGUUUUUUAUGCCUUAUUCCCUAAACAAAUUCAGCAGAGUGCCAUAACUUCAUUUGGUAUAGCAGUCGCCGAAGUGGUGAGGCGAUUUAUUUGGGUUUUCUUUCGUAUGGAAAAUGAGCAUGCCAACAAUGUCCAUCUGUAUCGUGCUUCAAGAGAAUCGCCCUUACCCUAUCCUAUAGUCAAACGAAAUGUACUGUUGAACCAUCAAAGAGCGUCUACAACAGGAUUUGACGAUGGUGAAGACAUUACGGAGCAAGACUUAAGACUACGUCGUACCAAUACUACCAUUGCACCUGAACAUAUUCCUAACAUUAUACCAUUCACUAGCAUCGACGAAAAUGCCCUUGAAAGAGGAAUUUCAAACAACAGUACUGGCCACACCAGUGGGGUUUUCUCCUCGGUGGGUCAUUAUGCUCAUAGCAUAUUCCACAUGAUGAGAACAGCCCACGUCAAGGAUUUCCAGAGACGGAAAAUUGUAAAAAAACCAUCAAUCAAUACAAAUAGCCGCACAACGCGCUUGGCAGAGUGA